CGGUUGCGAGCUCAGAGCUUACAUAUGAACGCAUCAUCCUCGUCAUACCCGUUCGUCCAGCGACUGCACGAGAUCACGACACUGCCGCGAGGUUGGACAACAAUUUGCCCAGGCUACAGGUGCCUUGAAGCUCAGCUAGGGUGAACUCUACUGACAGCACUGCAAAAUGAAGAUCUGUGUUAUAGUUUUUGGAGCUGUUCUUCCCAUUAUUCAGGCUGUUUGCCCAGAUAAGAUCCCUGGCCUGCAGCCGUGGACUCCAGGCUUCAGUGAGGCCCACCACGUAACCAUCGGCUACGGCCGUAAAGUGCUCCUUAUCUCCUCUGCCACUGUCCACUCCAUCGAGAUCGUCAACGGAGGGAAGCUCGUGAUUGCUGACACAAACCGGCCCAUCUUGCUGCGAACCAAGCACAUUCUCAUUGGCAACAACGGGGAACUCCACAUCGGGAGUCCAGACUGCCCAUAUAAAGGAAACCUCACCAUCUCUCUCUAUGGCCGGUCAGACGACAGCGACGUUGAACACAGUUAUUUUGGGCGAAAAUAUAUCGGCGUAGGAACGGGCGGAACCCUGGAGAUCCACGGUGAGAAGACGCUGUCGUGGACGUUCCUGAACAAAACCCUUCACCCCGGAGAAGGCAACGAGAACAGCUACCACUUUGAGAGGAGCUGGGGCAACAGGGGCAUCAUCGUUCACGUCGUCGACUCCAAGACGGGGGAGGUGCUCCAGUCUGACAGGUUUGACACAUACCGCAGUAAAGACGAGAGCCGGCGUCUGGCCCAGUAUGUGGAGGACGUGAAAGACGGACAGAUCUUGGCCAUGGUGGUGAACGACGAGGGCUCCAACAACCUGGAGGACUCAGCCAAGAAGGCCCUCUCCAAGCUGGGCAGCCGCCACUUCCAUCGGCUUGGCUUCCGGCAUCCAUGGAGUUUUAUCACUGUGAAAGGGGAGGCAUCUUCAGCCGUGGAGGAUCACGCCGUUUAUCAAGGAACGAAGGCCUCGUCGGAGGCUAGGAGCUCCCGUACCUUUCACUCGGGUUACGGAGAACACUUCACCAUCACUACUGUCAGUCAGUGGGUACAGGAGUCUGAGUGGACUGAGUGGUUUGAUCGUGAUAAUGAGAGAGGAUCAGGAGACUGGGAGAAGCUGUCUGACCUUCACAAGGCUUUCCCAGAGCGUCUGUGCAGUAACCCCCUGGAUAUUGAGGCUGAGACCCUCGAUGGCAUCCCCGCCAACAUGACUGGCGAAGUGUUUUCCAAGUUCGACCGGAGCUACGGCUUUGUGUGCCUCAACAAAGACCAGGCGGAAGGGAUGUGCCACAACUACCGCGUGCGCUUCCUCUGUGGCAAGCUUGUCCGACCACAGGCCUCUGUCUCCAUAGACACCCUCUCCAACUGCAGCGUGUUGGAGCUAGCGGACGAGCCCCAGGGCUGGCGGCCCGGACACCAGCUGGUGGUGGCCAGCACCGACUACUCGAUGCACCAGGCUGAGGAGUUCAGCGUGCUGCCCUGCCCCACCUGCAGCACCAACCAGGUCAAAGUGGAAGGUAAACCAGCGUUCCAGCACAUGGGAGAAAUGGUGGAUGGCGUGGACAUGCGUGCGGAGGUGGCGCUCCUGAACAGAAACAUCCUGAUCCAGGGCGAGGUGGAGCCGGCCUGCUAUGGCAGCGAGUCCUGCAAGUUCUUCACCUUCGACACGUUCGGAGGACACCUCAAGGUUGAGCAUGGUUUCAAGGCGGUGCAUAUCCAGGGUGUGGAGUUCGUUCAUAUGGGCCAGCAGUCCAUGGGUCACUAUCCGGUCCACUUCCACAUGAACGGCAACGUGGACCAGAGAGGGGGCUACGACCCUCCCACCUACGUGAAGGACCUCUCCAUCCACCACACCUUCUCACGCUGCGUCACCAUACAUGGCUCCAGUGGCCUGCUGGUGAAGGACGUGGUGGGCUACGACGCCCUGGGCCACUGCUUCUUCACGGAGGAUGGCCCGGAGGAGAGAAACACCUUCGACCACUGCCUGGGCCUGCUGAUCAAGGCAGGCACGCUGCUGCCCUCCGACCGCGACAGCAAAAUGUGCCGCGGCAUCACGGACGGCGCAUACCCCGGUUACGUGGCCCGACCCCGGCAGGACUGCAGCGCCACCUCCACCUUCUGGAUCGCAAACCCCAAUAACAACCUCGUGGACUGCGCGGCCGCAGGAUCGGAGGAGACGGGAUUCUGGUUCAUUUUCCACCAUGUCCCCACGGGUCCAUCAGAGGGAAUGUAUUCUCCUGGCACUACUGAACAUACUCCAAUGGGGCGCUUCAUUAACAACAGAGCCCAUUCAAACUACAGGGCCGGAAUGAUUCUGGACAACGGGGUGAAGACCACUGAGGCUAAUGCCAAGGAUAAGAGACCCUUCCUCUCACUCGUAGGAGCAAGGUAUGGUCCGCACCAAGACGCCGACCCCUUGAAGCCCAGAGUCCCGGCGCUCAUCCACCAUUUCGUUGCCUAUAAGAACCAGGACCACGGAGCCUGGCUGAGGGGGGGGGACGUGUGGCUCGACGACUGCCAGUUCGCUGAUAAUGGCAUCGGGCUCACUCUUGCCAGUGGUGGUACCUUCCCAGAUGAUGAUGGCUCCAAGCAGGAAGUGAAAAACUCGCUAUUUGUAGGAGAGAGUGAGAACACAGGAAUGCCCGAACCCGAUAGACGCAUCUGGGGCCCCGGUGGGGUGGACCACCGUGGCAGAACCCUCCCCAGAGGAGUGGAUUUCCCCAUCCGAGGCAUGCAGAUCUAUGAUGGCCCCAUCAAUGUCCAGAACUGCACCUUCCGUAAGUACGUCUCCCUGGAAGGCCGUCACACGAGUGCCUUCGGAUUCCGUCUGAACAACUCGUGGCAAAGCUGUCCCAACAACAACGUCACGGACAUCACCUUCGAUAGUGUUCCGAUCACGUCCCGCGUGUUCUUUGGAGAGCCGGGUCCCUGGUUCAGCAGUAUGCAGAUGGACGGGGAUAAGACCACCAUCUUCCACGACGUGGAUGGCUCGGUCAGCGAAUACCCCGGUGCCUUCUUGGUCAAGGAAGACAACUGGCUACUCCGCCACCCCAACUGCAUUGACGUGCCCGACUGGAGAGGUGCCAUCUGCAGUGGGCACUACGCCCAGAUAUACAUCCAGGCGAGGAACCCGGCCAGCCUGAACCUGAGGAUGGUGAAGGAUGAGUACCCUGACCGGCCCCUGGAGCUGGUGGGAGCUCUGGGCAAGAGGAACCAGUACCAGCAGUACCAGCCUGUGGUCAUGCUGGCUAAAAGCUACACAGUGCACUGGGACAAGCCGGCGCCUGCUGAGAUCACGGUCUGGCUCAUCAAUUUCAACAGAAACGACUGGAUAACUAUAGGCUUCUGCUACCCAAAAGGCACCACAUUCAGCAUCAUCUCUGACAUUCAUAAUCGCCUCACGAAGGAGACAAGGAAGACCGGCACGUUCAUCAAAACUGCCCAGAGAGACAAAAUCAGCCACAUGCACCAGGCACGAGGCUAUUACUACUGGGAGGAGGACACUGGGCUGCUCUUCCUGAAGGUCCAGGCACACAAUCAGAAGGAUGACUUCUCCUUCUGCUCUGCGAAGGGAUGCGAGAGGGUCAAAAUCAAGGCAGUCAUCCCCAGGGGGAGCGCCCCUAGCGACUGUAUGACAGAGGCCUAUCCAAAAUACGCCGAGGUGCCUGUCGUGAAUGUGCCCAUGCCCAAGAAACUGCCCCGCUCCAGACUGCCUCAAGUGUCUGAGCACUUCCUGGAAGUUCGGUUGGAGUCCUACAACACACGCUUUUUCCACAUCAAAGAGGAUUUCUCCUACACAGAGGUCAACGGCAAGAAGAUCUACCAAUCAGAGGACGGGGUGCACUUGACCGUGCUGGAUGGCCACAGUGGCCAAGUGCUGGAGAAGAAAGGCUUCAGGAAUGCUGUGCUGAUGGGAAUCCCAGCACAGAUCGAGAACUACAUCAGCAGUCUGAAAAACGAGUCUAUAGUGUUGGUUACCUCUAAGGGCAAGUUGGUCACGAGAGGACCAUGGACCAAAGUGCUUGAAAGGUUGGGUGCAGACCAGAAUGUGAAACUGAAAGAUAAACUGGCCUUCGUGGGUUUCAAAGGCAGCUUCCGGCCCGAGUGGGUACGACUGGCUGUGGAUGAAGAGCGGGCCAAACUCCAUCAAGUGCUGCCCAUCCCUAUAGUGAGGAAGGUGAAGCUUUGAGAGUACAGCGGGACACAGGGACUCCCAUCAGCACCACUGCCCUGUAACCACACCCACCCACCCAGGACUACUGAACUCCGACAGAAAAUCAAAAAGAAGCAUGCGUUUGUGUCAGCUCCCUUCCCACCAGGAUUGAUGUGCGAUGUCGAUGUACGUGAUAAUGUGGACGUUACGUGAUUUCUUCGGAUCGUGUCGUCAGUGUGAAUAUACUUUCCGCUUCAGAGAGUAAUAAGUAAUGCGCCACAUUCCUCCUUUUUUAUGCCCACUCUCUGGUGUCUGCCUCCAUGUCCUUCCCCAAAAAGGUUUGAUUGUGAAUGUUGUGAGGUUCGCCAUUUAAUGAUUGCUUAGCGGAGGAUGUGGUCAGUUUGUUUGUUGUAGCAUGAGAGAGAGAGAGAGAGAGAGAGAGAGAGAGAAGGAAGAAUAGUUCUACAUGUCUGCAGUGCCCCAGUAUAACACGGAACAGCACAGCUAUGUUAUUUGUUUGGGUUUAAACCUGUUAAAAGGAUUGGCAACUUGUAUUCCAUCUGGCAAGAAGCACGAAAAUGCCGAAAUAGCUGGUCUUUUUUCGGAGAUUGUAAUUUGUUAGUGAUUUGUAUGUUUUAUGUGUUUCUAAAAUUCUUCAGAUUGAUAACAGAGAUAUAUUUUAUACUUAUUUAUUGUACAUGCACUAUUGAAAAAAUCUAGAAGGGACAUUCUUCAAGUUGUAAUGUAUUUCUGUCCGACCUGUAAAAAUUAAUCUGUUAAGAUUUCUCUUACUUCUAUCACUUCUUUUUGCAUACAUUAAUCUUAAGUUGUACAUUGUGAUGAAAAUGUGACAGAUUUUAAAGUAAUGGAAAUGUAUCGCUUUGAAAACCUUUUGUACAUGAAUAAAUGACAAAGAUACAUGUUAUCUACUCCA